UGGCGCCUCAGGGAGGUGAGGGGCGGCUGAGGCGAGUGGGGCGCGGCGGCUGGGAACUCAGACAUUUGCCUGAGGGAGCGCGGGAAGCCGCUGCUCCCCCCACCCCGCCGCUUGUCGACGCGAGGAGAAGCCUGGCCUGAUUGCUGAGACAUUGAGUCAACAGGAAAAUAUGAAUGAUUCUAGGCAGCAGUCGCUGUUCUUCCUCACACUUCCAGACUUACACAAACUCUGUGCCGUCAGGAUAAUACUGAGUCGUGGGGAGGCAGACACCGAGAUUAGGAGUACACAAAUGAAGAUGUGCCGGCAAUUGCUGUUUUUGCACCAAGAUAUUCUUGCAUCACCUGUGCCUGGAAUAUUUAGCCAAAUUUGGGUAGUGAUGGCGAUACCAUUUUAUAAAGCUGGAAAACUUAAUACCUAUAUUGAAAAACAUGGAGCUAAGGUGGAAGCUCCACAAAGAGUAAUUCCUGUAAUUCUUCAAAACUGCCUUUCAUAUUCACUCACAGCUAGACUUGCUCCAGCCUGGAAUAAAACUGGCCAUCUCUUGGUGCAAGGAAGAGAAUUUCUUUCUCAGAUGGGAAAGCAAAGUGCUGUUGUACUAGACAUCAAUGUAACAGAAACUCAAGUUUGUCUAAGUAUAGAAGCUUACACAAUCAGACUGCCACCACCUAAGCUAAGAGAAUUUGACAUUUCUCAGAGUAUUAUAAAGGAUUUUGAUACUAAGAAGAACGCCGUCAUUGAGGGACAUUCAAUUUUAAACAACUGGUGCUAUGUUUUGCCAAGUAUGAAAAUGGGACAAAUAAUAAGUAUUCUUCACACCACACCUCCUGACUGUCCUUUUCAAUCAUAUGAAGAUUUCCAGAUGCACUGGGAGGAUCUGUAUGGCUAUAAACUUCCAGAAGAUUGUGGAAAUAUUAAAAUAUACUGCAGCAUCUACUUCAAAAUGAUAGGAAGAAGGAUCUUCACAUACCCUCUCAGUUGCAUCAGAAGUCAGCCCAUACAGUUCUUUCCUAGGGUAGAUUUGGAAGGUGUGUUGAAAAGUUUUCUUUCAGAUUUAAAAUCUAAACUGCCCCAUAUAUGUGGAUUUCCCAUAAAGAUGACAACUAAACCAUGCUACUACACACAAGAACUAACUAAACCUCAUGUACAGGAAAAUAAAGUCAAGCCACCCAAUCUGACCACUAAGCAAAUGUUCAGGUCCUCUCUGACUCAGGCCCCUUCCACAAGACCCGCCCUGGCUCAGAGUCUUCUACCAUGUUCAGUAGCCACGGACCACAAGGUGGAGCUUUCGGUCAGCCAGCCAAAGCCCUGCACAUCCUCAACUCUGCACCUCCAGCCAGAAUCUGUUCAGAGCAGAAAGAAAGCCCUGUCUUAUAAGACACCACACGUACGUUUGGAAGUACCAAAGCCCAACAGAGGAAAUACUCAAGCUCAAGACACAAAUUUUAGCUCCCGCAGUAAUAGCACCCCUAAAUUCGUACCAGUUUUCAAAACUCAGUCGUUACAGAUGAACAAAAAUGUCUUAGAACCUGGCAGCCUGAAAAGAAAACAGCAUGUUGUUACAGAAUCUAAAUUGUUUUCACUUAAAACUAGUGUGAUCCAGGAUGAAAAACUGAUUUUAGAUGCAACCAAAAAAAAGAGAACUAGUAGUAACAUUCAGAUGAAUGCUAGAAAUUUAAAUCAGAAGACUUCUAGACCUCUGCAAGAAAAAAACACUGAGUCCUAUGAAAACAUGACAAAAUAUCCCCCUUCUGAUGGAAAAUGGACUGUGAGUUUAAAUGUAGGUAAAAAACUAUCUGAUAGUUCAGUAUUUCAGAUGUUAAAUAACAAUUUAGGUGUAAUAAAAAGUGCUGUUGACUUUCGAGUUAAUGGAAAAGAAAAUUUAACAAGCAAAUAUAUAACACAAACUUUAGGGAAAGGCCACAAGUCACUGAAAGUGAAAAGACAACCACACAUUUUUGAAUCAGGCACAGAAAUGGAAGAUCCCCAACUACCACAGCGGCAAUCAGGAAAUCAAACUAAAGAAGUUGAUGUAAGUGACCACCAACUGGUAGUGAGCAGAACAGUCCACAGGUCUAAAAGAAAGUUAUGGCAGGAAUCUUCAGAAACUUCAAAGAAGCCUCAUUCCAAUACUAUCCAUUGUAGGCAAUCCAGUUCUUCUAGGAACCAGAUACAUAACUUGGACAAAUCAAAACCAAAGAAAUCUCGCAUCAUUCCUAAAGCUUAUAACAUGGAUGUGAAAGAAGGAAAUAUUUACCAGGGAUAACCACUUGGAACCGUAGAUGGACACUCACACUCAUGCCUGUGAACAUGGAAUGAGGCUCCAUACGCUGCUCUGGAACCUCCUUUUUCACUCAACAGUUUCCUUGUUCAUGGUUGCAUAGAAUUCCAUUGCAUGUUGGGUAUACUGUAUUUAACUGUCCCUACCGACUGACAUUUAAGUUGUUCCCAACUUUUCACUAUGAUGACAAUGUCAUGUAAACAGUCUUAUGUAGAUCUUUGCAGAAUAUCUAAUUAUGUAGUAGUUUUAUUUUGACCUUACUAGUUUUAUUAAAGUUUAUUUGAAUUCAUUAUUUUUGUUAUUGAAAUUUUCAAACCACACAAAGUACAGAUAAUAGUAUAAAGAACCUCUAAGUACUAUCACCCUGCUUCAACAGUUAUUAAUAUUUUUGCCACUCUGUUUCAUCUGUUCUCACAUAUAGACUUUUUUACUGUUCUAUUUUAAAGCAAAUUCUAUACAUCAUAUAAUUUUACCCAUAAACACUUUAGUAUAUAUCUCUAACAGAUAAGCUACAGCAUGUUUUUAAAGAAAAAAAAAAGUGUGUAUUUACAUUGCGUUUUUGGGGUCUCUAUCUUUAUAGACUCACUAAAUUUCACUUUAGUUUAACAUGCAAAUUAGCAAGAAGCCCUCAAUAAACAUAAAAGCCUUUUUCACAGAAGAACUAGAUAGAGCCUUCAGUCAUAUAACGAAAAUGUUGGAGUGGAAACUUGUAUGUUCAACCAUAUUCAUUAAGCAUAUACCGCAUGCCAGGCAGUGGGCUGAGCACUGGCUUACUGAAAUGAUGACUGCCACUGGCAGUGGAGUCUAAUCCCUAGCAAACCCAUUCUGGGUUCCUGGUGGAGACGUAGGAGUAUAUAUGUAUUGAAGCAGAUGUCAACAAUGACUUUUCGGUCCAUAUUGCAGAUAGAUUAUCUAACAUAUGAAAAGAGAGAAAUAGAAAUAGAGCUUCUCACCUAAGUAGUAGUAGUCUGGCUUUCAAACAUUUUAGAUGUUUAAUUUAUAAAAUAUGAUAUAAUUGUGAUAUUUAAAAGAAACCAAAAAUCCUCAUUAGUAUUCCGCUGAAAUAAUCCUUCAUUAAAUAAAAAAGAACUAGCAGAGAGCCAAGUAUAAGUUGAACUUUGAUUUUUUAGUGUGAUUUGCUGUUUUUGCCAGUUCACUAUACUAUUGUAAUUAAAAGCAAAAAUGAACUCAAACUCUACUUCAAAACUGUAAAUAUAAUUCUUGCACUUGAAGUUGUGCCUGGUUGGUUAAUUUACUGUUUACCUUUACUGCAAGCAUUUCUGUUUUCCAGAAUUAUCUCUAUUUAUAAUUAUUUUACCAUUUUCAUAGGGAAAUACAUCUGGUUUAAAGCGCAAUUUGAGUGUGCCUUUCUCAUUCUAAAACUAGUGUGACAGAUAAUUAGUAGGCUCAGUAAAAAAUGGUAUAUCAUUUUGUUUGUGAGGCUGCAGUGAAAAUGUUUGCUUAUGAAAGUGCUGUUGAGAAUGUCUAUUUGGUCACUCAGUCGUCCACAGCAUGGACUCAUUCUUGAAACCAGUCUUCCUCCCGUUUCGUGUAUUCCCAGGCUGCCUUCCUGCCACUGCUCAGUCAUCAUGCCUUAAGUAAUGAAGACUUAUUAUUCAACUAAGCGAAACAGUUAAGUAGUGUGUGAUAUCUUCCAGUUCUUUGUAUAAAUAAUAUUGAUAGCCCCUCCUCCUCUCCAUUAGUGUCUAAAACUUAGAAUUUAUAAUAUAGUAUUUCAUUUACAUAAAUGAUAAUCUACAUGGCAAAGCCUGCUUAUGUUAGGAUCAGUCUAUUUUCUGAUGUAAAGUAGGUUUAUUUUUCAUCUUACAAUAUUUAUCCUAGUGGAACUUUACAAAAAAUAUAUAUAUGAUUUACUAUAGAGACACAUGGGCAGAUUGAUUUUUUAUUUACUACUCCAUGUUUAGAGAGGAGGUUCCACACCAAAUUGCAGUGUUCAGAUUCACUGGAGAAAUCAAUGAAGAUUUUGGUUCAUUUUUAAAGAGUACAAUUUUGAAAGCCAGUAUAAUUUCAAAUUUAAUUAAGAAUACUAAAUUGUCGUUCCUUGUUUAAAUUUUUGGUGGUUUAUAUGCAUUGUGGAUCCCCACCCCCACCCCUGUUCUUCACAUUCCAAUUGUAUUUUAGUUUUAGAACCAUUACAAUUUUAAAACUAUAAAUAGAUGAUUUUAUGUUCACCUGUAUCCAGAAUCUCAAAAGAUCAGCUAUUGCAUUUAAAAACCUAUAGCAAAUGCCAAAAUUAAUGCUAAGAAUCAUCUUUAUAGCAAUGUAAAAACACUUUCUGUGUACUAUUCAUAUUCUAAAUUCCACAAUAUUUGUUGCUUAUAUGUUUUUAUUUAUAUUCUUUAUGUAUUACUAUGAUUAUUAUACAUUAUUAUAUAUUAUUUGUAUUUGUGGCUUACUGUAGCAAAUAGGUAAAAAAUAUAGGUUUGUCACUGAUUAGCUUUUAUUUGAGUAACCAGUUCACUAGCCAGUUUUUGCUCUCUUUCUCAAAUUGCACAUCAUCUGGUGUUAUGCUAGAACUCACAAUAUAUUGGUUAUUUAUUGAUACUUAAGAAUGGUCAGUAUUUAUAAAUGUUUAAAGAUGUCAUGGUCAUUAUUUGUUGAUGCCUAAAAUGUCCAUGUUGUUGUAUCCUACAUAGUGUCUUAUUUUGAAUUAAAAAAUGUAUUUCAAAUAGA